AUGGAUAGCUCUCCGAAACGACCGAACUUUUUGUUCAUUCUCGCAGAUGAUCUGGGAUUUUCCGAUAUAGGCUGCUAUGGAUCCGAAAUCCAAACGCCCAACAUUGACAGCCUCGCUGCGGAAGGCGCACGCAUGCUUAACCACCAUGCCGCAGCCGCCUGCUCGCCGACGCGAGCAAUGCUACUCAGCGGAACAGACGCACACCUUGGUGGACUAGGCACUCUGAUCGAAUUCAAACAAAAUGCCAAGGGCGCCGAGCGGUGGUCAGGCAAAGCCGGCUACGAGGGGUUUCUGAAUCGCGAUGUGGCUGCCUUACCUGAGAUACUGGAGGACAAUGGAUAUUUUACUGUGAUGUCCGGCAAAUGGCAUCUAGGCAUGCGAACGUCGCAAGGCCCAUGGGAGCGUGGCUUCCAGAAAGCAUUUGCAAUGCUCCCUGGAUGCUGCAACCAUUACGGAUGGGAGCCAAUCCAGGAGAAAUUCCCCAUUGGCGGCCGACCUAUUCAUGCCGAGAUGGGACAAAAGGUAGACAUAACGCCGAACAAGACCGAAGACUCCGAAGGAUUCUAUUCGACGGACUACUAUACAGAUCGGUUGAUUAGGUACCUUGAGGAGCGAACGGAGGAAGAGGAAUCAAAGCCAUUCUUCUCAUUCCUCCCCUUCACGGCACCCCACUGGCCUCUGCAGUGCUCCCGCGCACAGCGUGAUAAGUACAAGGGAGUUUAUGAUGACGGCCCAUAUGCCCUACGAGAGCGCCGAUUGAAAAGCCUCGUCGAAAAAGGCAUCAUCGACGAAGAUAUCGUACCGCACAAAGUCGAGACAGGUAAAGUAGGAGCUGGAGAAUGGGAUUCACUCACCCCAGAAGAAAGAAAGCUCUCAACACGUGCGAUGGAGACAUACGCAGGCAUGGUCGACUCUAUCGAUGUGAAUAUCGGAAAAGUUAUCGAGUACCUGAAGAAGAUAGGGGAGUACGACAACACUUUCGUUGUUUUUAUGAGUGACAACGGGGCAGAAGGCGCUGCAUUGGAAGCUAUCCCUGUCUUGGGAACAGAAAUAAAGUCUGCGAUCCACAAAUACUACGACAAUUCAUACGAGAACAUCGGUGCCUACAACUCAUACACAUGGCUCGGUCCUCUAUGGGCACAGGCAUCAACCGCGCCCUCAAGGCUCUUCAAAGGCUUCCCAUCUCAAGGAGGCAUUCUAGUCCCCUGCGUAAUCAAGCCUCCUGCAAGCGAUUUCCCCCUCUUACCCCCAGGCUCGUUCAAUAGAUCCUUUACAACUGUGAUGGACUUUGUUCCUACAUUCCUUGAUCUAGCUGGUGUAUCUUUAUCGCAGGCAUCCACUAAUGGCAUUCGAGCGAUGACCAAAUUCCGAGGCAGAGAUGUGCACGCUGUUCGGGGUAAGUCGUGGGUGCCUUUCUUUAGUCGUGGAGAGUCCAUUGAAGGAAAUGAAACCUGGGCAAUCCAUUCUUCGUCGGAGGCUAUCGGAUGGGAGCUUCAUUCUUGUGCGGCGCUGCGCAAGGGCGAUUGGAAGAUUGUGCAUUUUGCAAAGGUGCAAGGGGGUGCUGGAGAGGGAGAUGAUGGAUGGGAGUUGUUCAACGUGAUUCAGGAUCCAGGGGAGACCAAUGACUUAGCGCAGAACGAGCCAGAGAAGCUCCAGGAGCUACUGAAAUGCUGGGAUGAGUACGUGAUUGAGUGCGGGAUUGUUUGGGGAGAAGGGGCUACGACCCCUGGGCUCGGCAAAGAUGAAGCACCAGAGCUUUGGGAGGAUGAAACGGCGCUGCAAAAGUGUUGGAUGGAGGCUCGUGGGGGAGUUAGGCCAGAUUGCUAG